AUGACAGCCGCAAAUAAUGUUUUACCAGAAACUCCAAAUGCAUUUAUUCGGAGACAAAACAGCAAGGAGUCAGGACAAAAAAGUUGGAUUGAAAGGCAACAACUUCGUGGCAAAACAGGCAGUACGAGAUGCCCGGCUACUAGUUCAUUCAUUCAGUCAAUCAGUCAACCACUACGUGUACAGCAACCGACGCCAGUCUGGCCAACUGAACCGCAGCGGCAGCCGCCGCAACACAAAUACGUCGACAACCAUCACCCAGCCAAUGCCUAA